AUGAUUCUCUCUCUCCCCCCCCUCUCUCUCUCUCUUCUUUUUCUUUUCCUACACAAUUUUUUGUAUGUAACCGAUAGACUUUGUUUUUCUUUCUUUUCAUUGCUGCCUCUCUUUCGUUUCGACAUUUUUCAUUUUCAUUCAGCAAUUCUUUCGCCACCGUUAUUUUUCGUUUGUCUUUCUUUCUUUUUUUUCUUUAUUUAUUUACUUAUUUCACGUUACGAUUUCGUUUGCAUUUUUUCUUUCCUUCAUUUGCCCUUUUUUUCUAUUUUUCGUUUUUGCUUCAUUUUUUCUUUCUUUUUUCUUUCUUUCUUUUUUCUUUCUUUCUUUUCAUCUUUAUUUAUUUAUGCGUUUCUUUCUCUUAGUUACUCUCCCCCUCCCCCCCCUCUCUCUCUCUCUCUCUCUCUCUCUCUCUCUCUCUCGUUACGAUUUCUUUUAGUUAUCUAUUUUCCUUCACCAUUUCUUUCUUUGCCAGCAUCUUUAUUUGUCAUCAUUAUUUUCCGUUUUUCUUUCUUUGGUUACGAUUUAUUUUUUUAUUUGUUUUCCUUCAUUAGUUCUUUCAUUGUCACCGAUGAUGAUUUUCUUUUUUCUUUUGUUGUUUCUUUUUUUUCUCCGCUAUCACACAUUUUUCUUUACCUUUUAUUACUUUUCCCGAUAUUUCUCUUUCUUUCAUUCCAUUGCCAUUACUUUCCCCAUUAUUUUUCCAUUUCUUCCAAGCCUUCAUGGCUUUCAAAAAUCUCCCACCUCCCUUGUCUUAUAAGUAUUCACAUCCGACGAUCUAUUUCACGUUAUCCCUGUCUGUCUGUCUGUCUGUCUGUCUGUCUAUCUAUCUAUCUAUCUAUCUAUAUUCAUUCAAUCUAUCUAUCUAUCUAUCUAUCUAUCUAUCUAUCUAUCUAUCUAUCUAUCUAUGUUGUUAUGUUCAGUUCUAUCUGUCUAUCUAUCUAUCUACAAGAAUCUAUGUCUCUUGAGCAAUUCUUAGUGACUCAUUGUUUCAAUCCUGGCCUGUCUGCUUAUUUGAUGCGUCACUUUCUUUACCCCCACCACCACCGCCAACCAUACCUGUAA